AUGCAAAGCAUCCGUCAUGUUAUAAAUUGUGGACGUGUUAAAACAAAAAUAUUUAAUGCACAAACAGGUUUAGAAAUUUUACAAGUACAACAAAUUUCUCAAGUUCAAGCUUGGCAACGAACAGGACGAGAACGUUCAGGAACAUGUUAUCGAAUGUAUACGGAAGAAGAAUUCAAACAAUUACCAGCUACACCCAUCCCAGAAUUACUUCGAUGCAAUUUGGCCAAUGCCGCUUUGCAAAUAUUAGCUAUGGGUAUAUCGAAUAUAGAUACAUUCGAUUUUUUCUCGAAACCGGACGAAAAAUCCAUCUUGGCUGCUUUAUGUGAAUUAACCUAUCUUCGAGCAAUUCAACCGAUUAAUACCAAUGAUAACAUCGUGGAAUUGACGAAUGAUGAAUCCGCAUCAGAUAUGGGUUGCUUGGAAGAAAUACUCAAAUUAGUCAGUUUGAUGAGUGUAGAAACAGUAUUUCUCUCAUCAUCAAAUGCUAAUGAUAAGAUCCAACUUCAACAUCAGAAAUUAACAAUGAACGAAGACGAUCAUUUGACAUUAUUGAAUGUUUACAAGAAGUUUGUUGCCAAUAAAAAAUCGAAAGAAUCGUGUCAAAUGAAUAAAAUAAAUCGUCGUAAUUUAAUUCGUGCAUGUGAAAUUCGCAAACAACUCCGUCGAAUUUGCAUUGAAUUAAAACUGAAUAUAAAAUCAUGUGGAACAAAAUACACAAUUCUCAGACAAGCACUUGCUUCAUGGUCUAUUUAUGAAUGUUGCCGAAUAUUACAAAGAGAAUAA